ACUUUCAUAGCUACUGCAUUUCUGCCGUGACUUUCUCUGCAUAUCAUUUCUAUAAAUACGCCCUUUCUUCCUCAUCUUUUCUUUUAUUCUCAUCUCAGAGCACCGAUGCCGGAAACAAUGGCUUCCGCGCCAUAUUUCUCUGGUCUCCCCGUCACUCUCUCUCUCCUAUUCCUCCUCUUCGUCACUACCACUUUCUCUCGCUCGCUCACCUCUUCCUCUGAAACGACGAUCCUCGACGUCGUUUCGUCUCUUCAGCAGACCCAUCAAAUCCUCUCCCUCGAUCCGUCCGGGACGACCCUCACCAGCCGACCCGACUUGAAAUCCAAACCGGUUUUCCUCAACUCUUCGUCAUUCUCUCUGGAGCUCCAUUCUCGCGAGACCCUCGUCGAAUCGCAGCACAAGGACUACCGGAGCCUGCUUUUGGGCCGACUCGAGCGUGAUUCGGCUCGAGUCUCCGGAAUCACAGCCAAAGUCAGACUCGCCAUCGAGGGCGUCGAAAGAUCCAAGCUCCAUCCCGUUCACGACGACGAUUCCCUGAUCCGACCCGAGGAUAUGAGCACACCGGUGGUCUCAGGAGCGAGCCAAGGAAGCGGCGAGUACUUCUCACGAGUCGGAGUCGGGACUCCACCGAAGGAGAUGUUCAUGGUGCUCGACACGGGAAGUGACGUGAACUGGAUCCAGUGUCAACCAUGCUCCGAUUGCUACCAACAAUCCGACCCGGUUUUCAACCCGGCUUCGUCUUCCUCGUACUCUUCUCUCUCUUGUGCUUCGCCGCAGUGCUCGGCUCUCGAGGUCUCCGCCUGUCGUGCCGACAAGUGUCUCUAUCAGGUCAGUUACGGUGAUGGGUCUUUUACCGUCGGCGAGUUCGCCACAGAGACGGUUUCGUUUGGGAACUCCGGGAAGGUGAACGGCGUCGCUCUGGGUUGCGGACACGACAACGAGGGCUUGUUCGUCGGAUCCGCUGGUCUGCUCGGUCUCGGUGGUGGUGCUUUAUCUCUCACCUCUCAGAUCAAAGCGAAAUCCUUCUCGUACUGCCUAGUGGACCGUAACUCGGGCGGAUCGUCGAGCCUCGACUUCAACUCGGCCCGACUCGGCAGCGAGGUCACCGCUCCUCUCCUCCACAACCACAAGAUCGAUACGUUCUACUACGUGGGUCUCACCGGAUUCAGCGUCGGAGGCCACCCGGUGGCGAUCCCGCCGUCGGUGUUUGCUGUCGGCGAUUCUGGAAACGGCGGAGUCAUUGUCGACUGCGGGACCGCCGUGACUCGGUUACAGACUCAGGCUUACAACUCACUUCGCGACGCGUUCGCUCGACUCACCGCCAACCUGAAAUCGGCUUCGUCGAGCAUCUCGCUCUUCGACACAUGCUACGACUUUUCGUCUCUCUCCACCGUCAGAGUCCCGACGGUGGCUCUCCAUUUCGCCGGCGGAAAGUCCCUCGAACUUCCGGCGAAGAACUACCUCAUCCCCGUUGACUCCGCCGGUAUUUUCUGCUUCGCCUUCGCUCCGACAUCGACACCUCUCUCCAUCAUCGGCAACGUGCAGCAGCAGGGGACACGAAUCAGAUUCGACUUGGCCAAUAACCUUGUCGGAUUUCUACCCAAUAAAUGCUAAAAAAUUACUUUCCUAUUUAUUUUUUUUAUUUGCAGUAUCAGCAAGCGUUGGAUUCGUUUCUUCGUAAAAGGGCGACAAGAAAAAGCCGGUGUGAAUUUUCCUCUCUAGAUAUAGGACUAGCUGUAACAAUUUUAAAUUUGCGAGGUUGAUUGAGAUUAUUUAAUAUUUAGGGUGAUAAAGUCAAAUGUAUGUUAGUGUGUGGAGAAAAUUUUAAAAAAUAUAUAAGUGUGGGGCAAUCAUGAUAACUAAAGCAAAGAUCCAAAGAAGCUUUGGGUGAGAGUCUCCAUUGAAAUUUAAAUCAAUGUUGUUGUUCUCCUUUUGAGUUACAGUAAAUUUCUGCAGUAUGUAAAUAAUUUUUUGAUAUUUU